CCUCUCUCUCUCUCUCUUCUCGAUUCUACCUCACUUCGCUAUCAUGAAGCUAGACACAGUCCAUGAAGGCGGUGGCUUGUGCAGAACCAUCGAAGUAACCGUCGUCCAGCGCCAGGCACCACAACUUCCACCGGUAACAAAGUUCUCUCCGGUGGCCGACGAAUCGGAGACCACCGGCGAAGAGCUUUAUAUUCCGCCUCUCAACUUCGCAAUGGUCGAUAAUGGCAUUUUCAGGUCUGGUUUCCCUGACUACCCCAACUUCGCCUUUUUACAAACCCUCGGCCUCCGUUCCAUCAUAUAUCUGUGUCCGGAACCGUAUCCGGAGGCGAACAUAGAGUUUUUGAAGUCGAAUGGGAUUGAAUUGUUUCAGUUCGGGAUCGAAGGGUGUAAGGAACCUUUUGUGAAUAUUCCAGAGGAUACAAUUCGUGAAGCACUAAAAGCAGUCCUUGAUGUGAGGAAUCAGCCGCUGUUGAUCCAUUGCAAACGGGGAAAGCAUCGAACUGGUUGUUUGGUGGGAUGCUUGAGAAAACUGCAGAGAUGGUGCCUAACUUCAGUUUUUGACGAGUACCAGCGCUUUGCAGCUGCCAAAGCUAGAGUUUCCGAUCAGAGGUUUAUGGAGUUAUUCGACGUGUCUAGCUUCAGGCAUCUGCCAAUCUCAUUCUCAUGUUUAAAAAGGUAA